AUGUUGGAUCUAUUGUACUACACUUGAUUCAGAUUUCUAAGUGCUGGUCGACCGGCUAUAUUUGGAAUAUGUCAAUUGUGAAGGUUCUUGGUCUACUUUUGCUCCAUGUGACAUUAGUGACUCCAGGAACACAGAUAUGCCAAGACCCUGAUGAGAAUGCCUACUCAAUCAUCACAUGUGGAGCUCCCGGGAAGAACGGUCUACCAGGCAUGAAUGGGGAAAAUGGAGCAAAGGGGGAAAUGGGUGAACCAGGUCUGACUGGACCAGUGGGACAAACUGGACAAACUGGACCAACGGGAGAGCAGGGGCCAACAGGACCAAAGGGAGAAACAGGAGACAGAGGAGCUUCAGGUCUGCCUGGACCAGUGGGACAAACUGGACAAACUGGACCAGGAGGAGAGCAGGGGCCAGCAGGACCAAAGGGAGAAACAGGAGACAUAGGAGCUUCAGGGCUGCCUGGACCAGUGGGACAAACUGGACAAACUGGACCAAAAGGACAGCAGGGGCCAGCAGGACCAAAGGGAGAAACAGGAGGUGGAGGAGCUUCAGGGCUGCCUGGACCAGUGGGACAAACUGGACAAACUGGACCAAAAGGAGAGCAGGGGCCAGCAGGACCAAAGGGAGAAACAGGAGGUGGAGGAGCUUCAGGACCACCAGGACUAAAAGGGGAAAAAGGAGACAGCGUGGCUCCAGUUUUCAUCAUCCUUAAUUUUGAAAUCGGAACACAUACAAUGGUCAAUCUUGGGAACCACUAA